GUGUUCACGUCAGUUGACAUCUGUCCGCGAAAACAGGUGUACGUGCCAUUAAAAUCGAUAUCGGUGUUUCGCUUAAACCGCAUACCUACGUCAUAUCAAUACAUAAAUAGUGUCGCCGUUCGAUAUGUAAUUAUUGAGUGACCACUAUCCGUUGAGGCCGGAUUUAUUAAAAAUAUGUUUUGAGUACCUGCCACAAGUGCUUAACAAUGGCCUGGACCCUGUAUUUAUUCGUUGGGAUAUCCAUUAUGACCACUUCUGCAUUCAAAUGCAAGCACACGAACUCAGACAGCGACACGCGCCAUCAAUACGACUAUACCAACCAGGAGCCUCUAGGGAUUCCAGAUAACCAUGCCUCUCUGGGACUGAGUUCACGAAUAGCUGCGAUGUCUCCUGCAAACCACCCACCAAUCGAUUCCAAUGCACCAAAAAGUUUUGCUCAAGUUAAAAUAGCAGAUACAACGCUGACACGACGAUCAGAAAGUGAGUCUAAAAUAUUGACUUGGAAGCCAUAUACGAGUACAAGUAAACGAGGUCAAAAUAAUGACAACUUUAAAAUUGUAUUUCCCGGUCCUACAUCUGAAGACUUCAAGCUAGAAAUACCAGAACAUUGCAGAAAAAUUGGUAUUUGUGAAGAUGUUCCCAACUAUCCACAAGACCUAGCAGACAAGGCUAUAUCACAGCUGACCCGUAUAGGUGCAUUACAACAAGAUAAACUGGACAUUCCGACAUUACCUGACAUCGCACAAAGGGUUGGAUCUCAUGAAGAAACUAUCGAACUUUGCAAAUUUGAAGAAAAAUUGGUGUAUCCCAAAGCUGCAAUUGAUGCCAAUGGAGAAUGGCACGUUGUGCUAAAUCAAGUGGAAAACCCUGUACAAGGUUUCAAAGUUGAGAUUUGCGAUACCAGCUCUAAAUCGUGUUCUAAUGUAAUAUUCAGCCAACGUGGAUAUGAGACCAGUUGUAAACAAAAGUUCGUGUACCGCAAAAUGCAAGUGCUACUCGGCAAUGGUACGACUUUGGAGAAGGCACUAAAAGUGCCCAGUUGUUGUUCAUGCGUUGCGCAUGUCGUAUUAAUGUAAAAUUAAAUUAAUAAAUAAUAAAAAGUUGUGUGCGACACGUGUAAUUUAUAUUAACUGAUAAUGACAAUUGAUGAGCUUAGUAGAUAGAUAUUUUAUCAUCCUAACACAUUCGGAAAAAUAUUCGAAUUAAAAUAAAUAGCGUACCUGUUAAGGUACUGUUAAGCUUAGAUGGUAGUGAAAGUAGUGUACUUUCACUACCAUCUAAGUGUAAGUGUAUCAAAUUAUGACAAACCAGUAAUUAUUAUAUUACAAUCCCUAGUCGAUUAUGAACUAUGGUAAACAAAGCCUUACCUAUUUUGUGCAUUAUUUUAAAUUUUAAUUAAAACUAUGGUUGUUCUAGUUUUACUGUUCAAUGUGUUAGUUUUAGUUGUGAUGUCAAAAAAUCAUAUUAUUUAUAAAUAGUUAACAUUUAUAAAACAUGACAUAUUUAUGUUUUAUUCUUGCUACAUCUAAGGAAACUUACGCGUUUAUAAACCGGGACUGAUGUUAUUUCAUGUGGUAUAAUCUUUGAUUUCAUAUUUGGCGUAGGACCUGUUGUCACCCACAUAACCUAUGCUAUGACAAUUUAUUCUUCAUUUGACUACAUGACUACACAUGUAAAUUAUUGUGAGUAAACUUUAGGACUUUUAAUCCUGGUUUUCUUUUUAUUGUAAUCACAGUCUCAAAAUAUUUGAUUUAAAAAAUAAUAAAGCAUUCGGUAUUCUGAGACUAAAUUUUAGCUAAGAGGCUAUUAAUUAGUCAUUAGUAAUGACUCCUUACAUAGGAAAAUAUUUUAUAAAACCAGUAAUGGUUACACGGUAAUUUAAGGACUUUAGUUCUGUCGAUAAUUAUCAAAUUAUAUGAAUUGAUUAUAUUGUUUUUAUACGUAUUAUAUAAUAUUUUCAUCAUUUCUGGAAUUAUAUUAUAAUCUAUUUUGUUAUGUAAAAAAAAUAUGGACUGUUGUUUGUUUUUACACAUAGAGCAACUUACCUACCUAUGUUAGCAUUCAGUGGACAAGUAUAUUUAUAAAAUAUACAUACCUACCUACAAAAUAGUCAUUUCUAAGAAUAAACAUUGUCUAGAUUAAAAAAUAAUAAACGAAUACCAAUAUAAA